AAAAAAACUUCUCUGCGAAAUCCUCUGUAAGUAAACAAUGAAGAAAAAAUUCUGUCUUUGUUAUUGUCCUUCUGUUGUUGAAACAGAGGAUUCUACUGAUCUUCUUCUUUCAACAAACAACAAUAGUACUGUUUCUUCGUCUAUGAAUAUCUUCGUAAAAGAUUCAGACGAAAAAAUAACGAAUCCAUCGUUUAAUAAAAGUAUCCACAAACUUCCUACCCGGAAAAUCUUUUCAUACAAGAAUUUCCCUCGACUUUGUAAAGCCAUAUUGUUUCAAGAUCCUCUGAGAAAUAUUCAGCAACUUGAGAUUGAAUUGAAAAGUAAAGUGAAUUGGAAUAAAGAUGAAAAGUGCUUCAAGAAAUUGGAAAAUCAUGAAUCAAGAAAACCAGAAAUGGAAGUUGAAGAAGUUAAUAAAAUCUCACAAGAAAAAGACAGUUCAGGUUCACAUGAAUCUCAAAAGUUGUCAUCAUCAAAUUGGACAAAUCCAAAAACUUCUAGUACUACUUCAACAUCAUCAUGUGACAAGAAGAAAAAGGACUAUUGUUCCUUGUUGUAUUUAAUUGUCAUUGCUCUAUUCAUGACAAUUUUUCUAGGUAAAUCUUGGGCCAUAGUGUUAACAUUAUCAUGGCUUUAUUCUAUCCCUUAUUAUCAGACUCGACAACAAUAA